AUGGAUUCGGCUGCUUCAUUUGCAGCUUUAUGCGCCAAAGUCAAGCUAGCAGAGAAAGUCUGUGCUGCGUUGGAGCCUUUGGGUUUCAAGAGCCCUGCUGAGUUCUAUUGGGCACUCAAAGAUGGGGCGGAUGAUACCAUUGAAGCAAUUCUCGAUGCCGCUGGAAUUGAUCUUUCAUCGGCCCCCUCGAAACUUCAGUGUGUAGAAGCUGGACGAUUGCGUCGUCUGUUGUCAGAAUGCAAGCUUAUGUGCGAAGCCCCGCAGCCUGGCCCACCAACGCCAGCUGAAAAGAUGGCCCCUUCACUUCUUGGCAUGGAUGUAGGGCCUCGGUUGUCCGGUGAUGUGUUACAACAGCUUUGGUCUGAAUUUGCAAAGAAAUACCCGGCAGAGGUAGUAGAGGGCGAUGCUCGCCCCGGGAAAGCAUUGGUGCAAAUGGUUUAUGCGCAAAAAUGUCAACAAGAGUUGAAAUACAUUCCUUGGAAAAGGAUCUUGAGUGAAGCCCAAGCAGACCGAGUCAAGCAAGGUUCUACCAAGCGAGAUCGUUCCUUUUUAGACCUGCUGGCGGAUGCGGCAGGGCACGCUGACCCACCCGAGCAAGAGCCAUCUCCUUCGCCGUUUGGGGUUCAACGCCUGUUGAUGUUGCGUGCGGUGGCAUGGGCCUUGAUAGGAUGGUGUCAUUUAGGAGGAGCUCGUCGCCUAGUUCACGCUUUCAUGGAACUGUAUGGUGCUCAUGGCUUGCAUGCAGUGGGCCUGCGGGGUCCCUCCUUGGUUGAAGCUGAAGCGGCAGAUGGGGAGAUCUGUCGCCAAUUGAAUGCGCUGCUGGGCGCUGGCUUCAGCUUAGAUCAAGCCCUACAUGAACUAGUUGCCGUGCGAAAUUGUCUUCACAUUUGGUUGCAGCCGAAGCCAAAACUGCUGCCGCAAUCCGAUUUGUACAAUAAGAAAGGGAAGCGGCCGUUGCCACAACCUGCUGGGAAAUCUGCGAAGAUCAAAAACGCGCAUACUCCAGGGCUGGAGGAGCCCCAAGUGGCAGAGUUUGAUGCUUCCGCAGCCAUUUGGUCGUCAGGUGACAAUCCAUCUGUGUGUCAUCGGCAGCCGCCUGCAGAAGCAGAGGUGAUGACAAGGUCGGAGUUAGAUUACUGUGGGGUGCCCGUCCCAGACGGAGGGGGAAUCUGCUCUACGGCUGAUUGGUUCCAGCCGCGGGUCAAGGACGAUUUAUUUCGUGAUCUUCGCCGCAGGUUUGAAUCUUUAGCUAUGGAAUGGCGUCUAGUUCCCUGCCUGAUGGCGCACGUCUCUAACCCCACGGAUGCUGAGCUGCUUUCUGCUGAAGAAGUGUUACACUUGCGUGAAGAGAUUGUUGGUUUUUUGCGUAACCAUGGUUUUUCUUGCAACGGUGAUGUCGAACCCAAUCAGCCUUUUCUGCUUUCCGUUUGGCAAGCUUUGGCCAAGAUGACUGUUGAUGUUGAUCCACAUCUUCCCAACAUUCUUUCAGAAGGGGUUCCUACAGGCAUCGAAUCCCCGAUUUCACCUUCUGGUGUCUGGGAUGCAGUAGAUUUUGAUGGAAUGGCACCUGAGCCUGAGCUGGUUCCUUGUGAUCUUUUGGUUCACCUUGAGCCUUGGCGCUCGGCAGCUGAAGAUUUACCCCUGGCAAAACAGUUGCUUCAAAAGGAUAUUGACGCUGGUUGUCUCAUGCAUUUACGUGGAGGUGAAGCGGAAGCGAAGGAACGCUGGGGGGACAAGAUUGCUGCAGGUAAAUUGGGCUUGGUGAAAAUCCCGGGCAAGAAACCACGGUUGAUUGGCGAUGCCACGGUUUCUGGUGCAAAUUCGCGCUGCGUGAUUCUGGAAAAGAUUCGCUUGUCCACUUUGAGCUGCGUGCAAAGAGUUGCUAGCGCAACGCCGCUUGACAAACUUUUUUCUGCCUUUUCCUUUGAUAUUCGUGGAGCCCACAAGCUAAUUCGUGUACGACCUGCAGAACAAGGGUAUAGCACUUUUGUUUUAGAUGGAGAAUGGUAUACCUACCGAACCUGUUUUUUUGGCUGCCGCUGGGCGGCUUACUGGUUCUCGCGUGCUUCUUCAUUUCUUGUGCGACUCUUGCAUCGCUGGGUUUGGAUACCACACGCAUUGUGGGUAUAUGUUGAUGAUGGCCUCCUCUUGCUUCCCGCUGAUGUGGCGCCGCUGGUUGCAACUACUUCAUUGAUGUUCUUGCUGUCGAUCGGUAUGCCGAUCAGUUGGGAAAAAUUGCAACUGGGCAGUGCUAUUUCCUGGAUUGGGUGGGAUUUCCAUUUUUCCAAUGCUACAGUUUGUUUGCCUAACGCGAAGAAGCAGAAGUUGCAGCAGUUGCUUUCUUGUCUCCUGGUAGAGAACCGGCGGGUUGAACGUAAGCUGGUGGAGCAAGCUAUCGGCCUUUUGCUCUGGUAUUGCGGGGGUGCUUCAUGGCUGAAGCCGUGGCUGCGAUGCUUAUAUAACUUAUUGUUCAAACCCUUGUGUGUAUUUCGUGCCUUGUUGCCCGCGCAAUUUGAAUGCAUGCGUGGCUCACUGGACCCCAAUCUACGUUUGAAGCAUAGCUUUUCGCAGUGGGACUUACAGCAGGGUUGGAAGUUACAUUCAGUAAGUAACUGUGCUGUGCGUGCGCUAAGCGAUGUCCCGCUUCAGACUCCGCGUUUGAAACGUGGUGCAAUUGAUUGCGUUUUCUAUGACUAUAGCAGUGCCAAGGUGCGAACCAACAAGAUCUCGAUCGAUGCGGCCACUUUGUUUUUCAAUGCUGUUUCCGUGCAAAACCGCUUCCCCUGCGUUGCACUCAGGUGGAACAUGGCUUCGGCGCUGCUGAUGCAUUUGCUGAUUCUUCAUCUUGCGGUGUAG